AAAACAUAGAAAUAAAAAUAUGGCAAAGAAAGGUCAGGCAGUUCAACUGCAAAUUGAAGUUGCAAACGACGAAGAAUGGGAAAAACUUUUACUAAAAGACGGACUAAUUGUCGUAGAUGUCUACUCGGAUUGGUGUGGCCCGUGUCUAGGCAUGCAAGCUAACUUGAAAAAAAUUAAAUUGGAAUUUGGUGGAGAUUUGUUGCAGCUAGCAGUCGCUAAAUCAGAUGGUAUAACAGCUUUGAAAAGGUUUAGAAAUAAAAGUGAACCAACCUGGUUAUUUAUAUCUAAUGGAUUAAUGGUUAACCUAAUGUUUGGUGCAGAUGCUCCAAAGCUCACAAGACUAAUUUUGAGCGAAUUGAAAAAAGAGCAAGCACAACAGAGCGGCCAAACUACAGAUCGAACUCCCAAAGAAGUUACAGAAUUAGCUGACGAGGAACAAGUGCGAUAUGAUGCUGCUGAAAGUUUAGCUAAAGCAAUUAGAGAAAAAGAAGAAGCCAAGAAGGCCAAAGAACUUCUAGAAAGACGAACAAAAGAGUGUGAAAGUAUCCUAGCCAAUCUAGCCAACUAUGGCACAGCAUUAGUAUUCCCUGCAGCCAGAGAUAAGUACAAAGAAGUCCUUAAUGAAAUACUGGAUGAAGCUGGAUUGAAUAUUAAUCAGACAGAAAAGAUUCGUUUCGAGGAAGAAACAAUGGAAGAACUCUGCUAUUUCAGCCAAAUAUCAGAACUUUUCUCCGAAGAAUCGUUAGAAUCGCUUUACAAUGAAGAAUCACUCAUGAUUUUAUUUAAAAUAGCUCCCAGAUGUGAUUUUGAAGAGAUUCUUGAUGUACUAUUAACAGUGAUUUAUGGGGAAAUGAAAAAACCUCCUGGUUCACCCGAAAGUGCUGCUCAAAAGCUCAUUAUUAUUGAUGAAGAGGAAGGAGGAGAGGUGAAAAAGGAAGAAAAAGUGAAAAGUCCUAUCGGUAUUUGGGCACCAGUGGAUCCCAGGAUCCAAGCCACAGCGUUAAGAAUGUUUUUCCCUAAAGUUGCCAAAGAUUUCACUAUUCCUGAACCAGCCCCCGAACCCGAACAUCUUGCUAUCGUAUUUCCAAUAACUAAACGCGAUGCAAUUAGUGUAAUGCAAGAACAUCCAAUGGAAAUAAUGAAACAUGGAGUCUUCACGAGCGAAAAUUUGGAAAAUACUAAGCUGGUGGCAAGUUCGCUGAAAAAAUUAGAUAAAAUGCCAGUUAACGAAAGAACAUUCACCGAAAAACUAGUUCUCCAAGUGUCCAAGAAGAAAAGCGAAGUUAUUUUCGCGUUUGCCCAAUUGGAACCAUUAUACAUGUCUCCGAAUGCUAAGGAAGGUAAGGCGGAAUGUGAAAGACUAUUUCCAGAAGAUUACCCUGAAGAUGAAGAGUCUGAAGAAGAGGAGGAACAAGAUGUCGAAGAAGAAGGUGGAGAAGAUAAAACUAGUGAACUGAAAACCUCUGCUGGAAGUGACUUGGGUACGAACUUGAGUACUUCUCAUGAAGAUGAAGUUGGCUCCCCUCGCGAAGGUGAAGAGUCUGAAAUCAAACAGGAAAUAGAAAAUGCCGGUGAAGAUAUCGAAGGGAAUCUUACGGAAGAAGGCGAACAAGGCGAACAAGGCGAAAAUCCUGAAGGCCAAGAAGAAAUGAUACCUCCUGUGCUGCCUGAUCCACCUACUGAAGAACCGAUCAUUGAAUGAACACAUACUUUAUGACUUUAUUUUGUUAUGACUGUUUGCUUUGUGUGUAAUAUUUCUUAUUGAAAUAUAAAUAUAUAUAGUUGCGAAGGCGCCUUUGCCAAACAGUACAGAAUCGAACUUAAAAGCUAGAAAAUACUGCUUCAUUCUGGAAUAAAGAUUAUGGCGUUUAUUCUGGAUUUGACAAGAAUGGAUUACAGAUAUGUAACAGCCGGUAUCAGUUAGUAGUUUUUAAGUUUAAGAUUGGUUGUGAUGGGUUUUAGAUAGUGAAUUAUGUAAGAGUUGUGAGGA